GUUUGAUCCGUGAUGAUCCCUCCGUUUAUAUUUCACACUCUCUCGUUACCUCAGAUUUCUUUCUUCCUUUCACUGGCAACACGGCCGCCGCAGGAGACAACAACCACAACAGCGUCAGGCACCUUUCUGGAGGUGAGAGGCGUUGGGUUUGAUGGAGAAGGAACUGGUGGAAUUGUAUGACGCCGCCAAGAAGGCGGCGGAUGCGGCCCUCUCCGGCGACGCUGAGCACGAGGAGAGCCGAUGCAUCGAUGCCCUGGAACAGCUUAAGAAAUUUCCGGUUAAUUAUAAGAUUCUUGUUAACACUCAGGUAGGCAAACAUCUUAAAGUUCUCACAAAGCACCCAAGGCAGACAAUUCGGGCUUUUGCUGUUGACCUAAUUGAGAUAUGGAAAGGCAUAAUUAUCAAGGAAACAAGCAAAAAUAAAAACGGGGGUGUUGAUAGUAAGGUUGAAUCAGCUAAUGGGGAGAGAUCUAAACCUGGGAAAAUGCAGAAGAGUGCUUCAGUGAAAGUUGAAAAAAGUGAAACUGUCAAGGCUGAGAGAAAUGAUAGAAAUGGUACAUCAAAGUCAGAAAGUAUGAGAAAGGCACAGAAUGAUGUCAAGAUUGAGAAAACUGAUCGUGCUGCAAGUGUCAAGGUGGAAAAGUCAGCCAAGGAGGUAAAGCCAUUUUCUGGAACAAAGAAAUUUUCAUCCAGUUCUGCAACUCCCCCAAAGCUAGCAACUAUGAUCAAAUGUAAUGAUGCAACGCGAGACAAAAUAAGGGAACUUCUCCAUGAGGCUUUGUCCAAGGUCUCUGGAGAGGCUGAUGAAGAUCUUGUAGAGAUUGUCAAUGCUACUGAUCCUAUUCGAGUUGCUGUGACAGUGGAGUCUGUAUUAUUUGAAAAAUGGGGUCCUUCAAAUGGAGCGCAGAAGGUCAAGUACAGGUCCUUAAUGUUUAACCUUAAGGAUUCAAAUAACCCUGAUUUCCGGAGAAAAGUUCUGCUUGGUGUUGUUGAGCCUGAGCAACUGAUCAACAUGAGCUCGUCAGAAAUGGCUAGUGAGCAAAGGAAGCAGGAAAAUCAGAAAAUCACUGAGAAAGCUUUGUUUGAAUGUGAACGUGGAAUGCAACCAAAAGCUACAACCGAUCAAUUUAAGUGUGGCCGAUGUGGUCAAAGAAAGUGCACCUAUUACCAAAUGCAGACUCGCAGUGCUGAUGAACCUAUGACAACCUAUGUCACUUGUGUUGUCUGCAAUAACCGUUGGAAGUUCUGUUAGUGCAGUUGUGUGUCACACUAGAGCUUUCCCAUUUGUAGGGUAUGAAGGUACGAGUGUCGUUAUGGUUUCGAAUAGCAGUCGUGCCAGAAUUUUCUAUCAGACUGUUACAUGUAGAAAAUUUGUAGGCAGAGAAAUGUACUUUUAUUCUUUUUCGGUUUUAACUCAAGUUUUCGCAUUACUGUAGUUUGCUGUAACUUUAGAAGUUUAUCUUUUAUAAAAUUUCUCCAUUGUUUUUCUCA